AUGUCAAAAAAUUUCUCAACUCAAGCACAUUCUUUUCGAAAACCUAUUAAACCAAUAAUUGAUGCUGAUGAUGAUGAAGAUGAUAAACGACGAAACUCAUAUGGUCGAAAACGAGUUGAUGUUAUUCAAUGUUUAUUAGAAUCAUCAUCUGAUGAAAAUGAUGAUGCAAAUCUUAUUAAUCAAAAUUCUAAUAAUAUUCUUUGGUUAACAUUUGCUGAAAUAUGCCAUAUUCGUUCUAUUUUUGCUCGAACAGUUCUUAGUACUCGUAUGUUUAAUAACAACAAACAAUAUUUUAAAAUCUUUCAUAAUGAUUUAUGUUUUCGAUGUCAAGAAAAAAUUAAUUCUCUAUCUUUGAUACCAUCUUUUUUCUAUUCUAAGAAUAUUCCUAUUUGUUAUGUUUGUCAACAGAAAAUAUGUACAAAAUGUUCAUUAACAAAUUUUUUACCUCCAUCAUCGAAACAUUUGUUUCCUGUUCGAGUACAAACUUUAAUAAAAUUAUCAACAACUCCUAUUGCAAAUGAAGCAAAUAAAAAUAAUGAACUGAAUCCAAAAGCAAAAACAAUUUGUUAUGAUUGUUCACAGGUAACAUGUCAAUCUUAA